AUGUUUGAUAACACUGUGCAGGCAAUGCGGCAGGGUCGCUUCCAGAGCCUUGAUUUCGGGAGUACGGAGAACAUGGUGAAGUACAAUCAGACUGUUCCACCCCCCUACGGACUGGAUACGGUGGGGGUGCCGGUGACUGUAUAUUGGGGUGGACAAGAUUGGCUGGCACCACCGCGAGACAUAGGUCGCAUCCUGGUUGAGCUUUCUCGGAACCGGAGCUCUCAAAUACGUGAUGUCUACCUGUCGGACUACAACCAUCUUGACUUCGUUUGGGGUUUAGACGCUGCUCCUCGCAUCUACAACGACAUCAUUACCUUCUUCCGGCGAAACCAAUAG